GAUGACUUCCGCACUGUGCUACAGCAAGCCUCCGUCUACGUCAAAACUCUGACAUCCGUCGGCAGAUCGUUCAGUCCCCCUUCCGCUUCACCGAGCUCUUCUUCCUCAUCCGGCCCCCCAUCGGCCCAUGAAGAGCAGGCUAAUAGAACCCGCAUCGAUGCUAUGACCAAACUUAUCACCAUCCUGCAGCGCAAUCUGCGUGUUCGAUAUGAAUUGAAUGUUGCUCAAGUUGUCCAAGCAGUGAUUCCGGCCCUUUCUGAUCGCUCGUCGCAAUUCUGCCGAGCGACUGCUUACCGCCUCCUUCGCCAUACAAUUGUCGACCAAGACUCCGUUCAAUGUCUGAAGGAGCAGCCUCUUGACUGGUACAUCGUCAAGUCUCUGACCUUGGAUAACAAACACACAGUCGAGAAAGAGCAAGUAAUUAAGUUCAUUCGAGCCGUCGUUGAGAUAGGGUCGCAAAGGAGUGGCCCGAACACUGCGCCUUGUUCUGGAAACGUACCCCUCUCGGAGCCCAUAAUGCGCGCGUUCAUCGCUAUUGCAGAACACCCUGAUGAUCCCUUCAAGUCCAUCUGUGUCCAGACCUUGGCUGAAAUCAUGCUGAUCGACAUCGAGCUGGUCGCUCGGACUGGUGGUAUCCGUGUUCUGCUGCAGAUGCUGGCUGAUGGACCACUGGAGAUAUCUCAACUGUUGACCCCCAUAUUUUUAUACAUUGUUGACUCGCCUCGCACCAGGAAUUAUCUCCACGCUGGGACGGAUUUGGAGAUCGCGAUGUCUGGCGUGACGGACGCAUACGGCAAGGAUGCCGAGUAUGCGGACAAAUUAAAGGGCGCAUGCAAAAUGAUCACGUGCAUGCUACGCACCUGGGGGGGGCUGAUGUACUUCAGCAUGGAUAACCUACGAGCAAUUCGUGCACUGAUUGAUACCCUGCGAAUACCUUCUCUAGAAACACGAGAAAUCAUCUUGGAUAUGUUCUUCGAUUUACUGAAAAUAAAAACACCGCAUUGGUAUCAGACGUUCAUCAAUGGGCGUCGGUUGACUAUGUACCAUAAAGCACGGUCCUCCUCAGAGCCGGAACAUUCAGUGGAAACGGACACAUCCCAACGUUCACCAGAGCCUUUGAAGCUUACGGAUCAAUACAUAGCUCUCCUUGUUCUUGUAUUCACGCAAGCCGGUCUCUUAGAUGCCCUUACAUCCAUGUUUGAGGAAACCACUGUUGGCAACAAUUUGACUCGGAAAGCUACGCUCCUCAUGGCUGAAGUUCUGCAGCUAGCGAACAAGGUUCUCCCCCUCUCGGUAGCGGCAAAAGUUCAGCUUGUUCCUCGCGUCUUCAGCCUUGCGUCGGAUUACGACCACGGCGAGCAUCGCAUAGUAGGUACUUCGGCCCUGUCCUCUAUAGACAGUUUGAAUCGCAAUCGGCUUCGACUACAACCGACUGCGGUGAUGAACAAUCGACCAAGAGCAAACUCCGUGGAAGACGCCCUUCGUAGGGGUCAACGGCAUGUAGAACAAGUCAAGAUCAAGAUGGGCUUGCAGAUGGAUGACAAGACCUUCCAGGCAGCUUUGCUGGAAACUCAGGUCAUGCUUACGAAGGACCACAUGAAGUGGAACUUCGAAACUUUGCAAGACCUCAUUGACGGUCCACUACUCAAUCCCAAACGCAUGGAAGAAGCCAUCAAGGUCUCGCGAUUUAUCCGUCGAUUAAUGUCCUUCUAUCACCCAUUCAGUCAUCGCUUCUCUGACAUGGAGAGAACAAAGGCCAACCUACGUUGGGUUCGGUUGGGAUGCACCCUGCUGACGACGCUCAUGGCCAGUUCGGAUGGCCAACGCUUUUUGUCCUCCGAAGACGACUUUCUGAAACAGAUUGUCAGAAGUUUCGCUCAGCUUGAUCCGUUCAACGGCGCUCCAGAAUCCGACCCUAUAUUUUCGAAGAAAAGGGUAUCCGAGACUCUCACAUACGGUUACCUCGAAAUGCUCGGCACCCUCAGUAAACACAAGGAAGGCAUAGAAUUGAUGGAAAAAUUUAGGGUCUUCACUGCAUUCUAUCAUCUCAGCGAAUUGCGCAGUCGCGAGGAUCUCAUCAAAGGCAUCAUCAAAAACAUCGACUAUAGCAUCGAUGGACACCCACGAAUUGUAUUGUCUAAGGCCCUUACAUCCAGCUACAAACAUGUUCGCCUAUACGCCACGAAUCAUUUAGGAGUGAUGAUUCGUAAUAGCGCGUCGGCCAAUGCUUGGACCCUUCGGUUACUGCUAACUCAGUUGUACGAUCCCAACAGAGAGGUCUGUGAGAUGGCAGCGCAUUUCCUGGAAGAAGCGUGCGAAUCCAUGGAUAUCUUGCAGCUCGUGGUUGUAAUGCAGCCAACAUUAGACCAUUUAGGAGAAAUUGGCCAUGGACUUUUGCUCAAGUUUAUGUCAACCCCAAUGGGGUUCCGAUAUCUCUAUGACGCUGGCUAUAUCGACAGGGAGAUGGACAUGUGGCUUCAUGAUCGCAACAUCCAUUACGUGGUUCAAAUCGAGGUAUUCCUGGCAAAAGCCUUCAGCUUCAUUCCCCAUGAUGAGGAAGACAUGCUUGCGUUUGACGGCAUUGUCCCACCACAUUUCUAUGGCGAGAUGGCAAAAACGGAGCUCGGAUGCCAAGUCUUACACGAGAAAGGCCACUUCGCUGAUUUCACUCAUUUUAUCAGACAGCAUGGUCUUGAGAACGAAGAUCCUGAGGUGAUCAUGAAGUUGAAAAGUAUUUUGUGGGCUGUGGGAAAUAUAGGAUCUAGUGCUGGCGGGCUCCCAUUUCUCGAAGAGGAGGAGAUUAUUCCAGUUAUACUUGAUAUUGCCGAACAAUCUCUGGUUCUGUCUGUGCGGGGGACAUGUUUCUUUGUGCUGGGACUUGUCUCAACGACACCUCAGGGAGCUGAAAUAUUGGACGAUUAUCGAUGGGAGGCAACACUCUCGCCUCUCGGCCUCCCUACGGGUUUGUGUAUACCCAUGGAUCUCUACAAAUUCAUUUCAAUACCACCCUGGGAUCCAGCUUUAGUCGGGAACGAUUCCGCCAAUCGUUUAGUGCCUCCAAUUUCGCAGGCCGAGGAAGAAGUCGUCACUACUAUCUCCAACUUGUCGAACGCCGUAAUUGCGAACACAGCAUCUCGGUCGUUGGCCAAAUUGAAAACUCGGCCAGAAUAUCGCAAAGUGUUUACGUCACUAUCAAUGUUCUAUCGCGCAUUGCAUGCCAUCUCGACCUCGCGCUACCGCCUUCCUGUCCGGCGGUUUAUCUUUGACUUAUUCACCAUUGAGCUUGACUAUGAUGUGGUAAAGCAAUUGGCGGAUUAUGCCAAAGUGCUUCGGGCACCUGUUUCACAGGUCAAACCUAACCCUAAUGGGCGUGUAGUUAGUGUGCUAUUUGCUACUUCUCGGGCGGCCGCAUCGGAAAGCGAUGAGGAGGAGGAAGUGAGCAAUAGCCAUCGACCGGCGAAGGUUGAUGCACCAGUAAUGAGCUUGCGGCCGAGGAGCACAGUUGUCGGGUUCGGGGAAUGA